GAGCUGCUAAUGAGGCUAGCGUUAAAAUGGGCGACCAGAUCUCAUUUAAUAAUAUUGACAGCCUCCUCUUUCAGCUUGCUCUCCAAACUCGAGAGCUUUCCCAAAGGAAGAAUGAGAUCAACCAACAAAUUAAAGGUCUGAGAGCUGACACUGCUGAGAGGAGGUCUUACAUCGAAACAAAACACAGAAAUACAAAGAAACUUGAGGAAGAAAUUAGGAUGAAGCAGAACACGGUGAUACACAAUAAAGCAAAUGCUAAAAGGAUGAAGGCGACUAACAGCCUGCUUCUUCAGUAUGAGCAGACGCUGAAAGAGGAACUGGAGAGCAGAAAAGCCAGCUACAACCAUGACAUGGAAGUCUACGAGGAGAGAAUUGCAAGCUACCGCAAGAUAUUCAAUUCUCAUAAAGAGUAUUAUUGUCAAAAUCCUCUCGCUCAAAAGCUUCUGGCGCUGCAGGCUGAAAAAGAGGAGAUUGAGUGUAGGAUCAAGGCUUGUGAUGAUCAAAUAACAAUGAAGCAGAAGGAGGUGGAGCAUCUCACUGUUUCUGUCUCACCAGGUCCAGCAGUCAAUUCCUCCUCCACUGAGAAACUACCAGACAGUUUUUUUGACCAGCAGCUUCUAACAGAACCGGAGAAACAACCAGAUCCUCCGACAGAGGAGGACAUGGAUUCCUCCAUUGACAUCUCCUCUCUUCAUCUCAACCAGACAAAGGAUGGUCAUAAUACUUCUGUCGAGGCAAAUACUGAAGAGAUUAGUGAGGAAAACAAUGUCCAGGAUACUAAAGCCUGCAGUCCUUUCCCAGAAGAAGCAAGCGAUGGGUUGUGGUCCUGUCAACCGUUGGAUGAACAAACACAGCCAGAUGUGAUGCACACUGAGGAGCUGGACCAGGAAACUGGACCAGAGGACCAGGACCAGCAGUCUGUUGUCUCAGACAUUGAGGAGACAGUGGAGGAAAGAAUAACUAUAGAAGAAGAGCAGCCACCAAGCAAAGAGGACAACGAGGAACUUGCUGCUUUUCCUCAGUCAUCAUCUCAAGAGAUUAAUCCUGAGUCCUCCCCAGCAACAGUGAAAGCUGUGCCUGCAACAUUCCCAUUUAACCUCAGCCCUGGCAGCUCCCCACAUCAAGGGACCUCUGAUACCAAAUCUCCAGCUUUCCUAUUCUCUCUGAACGCCGAUCCUAGCACCCCAGGCUUCUCUGGAUUUGGAUUUGACGUGGGCUCGUCACAGGACGAGGACUCAUCUUUCGCUUUCAGUGGCUCUUUUUUCAGCGAGAAGAAAAACACAGAAUCCAAGUCUUCAACCUCCGAGUUCCUGUUUGGCCAACCAGAGCAAAGUGAAGACUUUGAGUUCGCCUUCAACGCCAAGAGCCCUCCUACAACUAACAAAGAUAAUGCCAGGGAUGAUUUUCCAUUUUCAUUCAACUUUUAAGGAAUCAGAAAAAGAUCUGAAAUGCUGAAUAAUAAUAGACCAGUUUGUGUUUUACCUAUUUUCUUCUGUAAUUUUCUCAUAAAGUGGGUUCAUGAUAAAUAUCUUAGGAACGGGGUCAUAGUUGAACACCGUUAUAAAACUUCAGCAGUUAAAAAGCUAGAAGAAGUUUGUCA